AUGGUCACCAAGUGGGAACUGAGAACAGCCUCCCACUGGAAUGUCAGACCCAGUAACACUGCCCCCACCCCUACCCACACCAGCCAGGGCCCAGGAGUCAAGGCUUUCAGCAUCCUCUUGGACCAAGACCCAGAAGUCCAGGCCCCCGGUGUCCUCCCCCUCCUGGAGUCAGGCACCCUCGACUCUCUCAGACCAAAGACCUGGAGCCCCACUCCCAUUUCCCGGGAGACUCGGGAGUCCUUCUCCCCAAGGCGGCCCCGCCCACUCAGAGACUGGGUCUGCUGGGGCGCGACGCGGGGACUCCCAGGCCUAUCGGGGCCCCGGCGGCGGCUCCGCGGGGGAGCAGCGAGGCUGGCGCAGCGGCGAGGCCGCGGCCCUGGGGGCCCGCAACCCGCGUCCCGGAACCCCCGAGUGAGCCGGAAUGAGCGCAGCCACUGCCCAACGCAGACCGUGAAGAAGCUCCUGGAAGAACAGAGGCGCCGCCAGCAGCAGCAACCCGACGCUGGUGGGGUACAGGGACAGUUCCCGCCUCCCCUGGCUCAGCCCCUGACCCCAUCUGUGAAUGAGGCUGAGGCUGGCCAUCCUCACUUCCCAGCACACCAGGAGACUGUGGGCUCUGGACUUGGCAGCCUGGCGCCCCCCAUGGGCUUUCCAGACUGGGACCCCAACACGCAUGCUGCCUACACAGACAGCCCCUUCUCUUACCCUGCUUCUGCUGCUGAAAGUUUCCUGACUCCUGACUUCUACCCACCCUCGGACCCAGGGCGGCCAUGCCCGUUUCCCCAGGGGAUGGAGGCAGGAUCCUGGAGGGUUUCUGCACUCCCUGCAGGACCUCCUCAGUUGUCCCCUGUGGCCACUGGACCGUCCCUUGAUGCAGCCCGAGCUCACAUGGCGUCUUUGGGGCCACAACAGCUGCUGGCCCAGGAUGAGGAGGGCGACACGCUCUUGCACCUGUUUGCGGCUCGAGGACUGCGCUGGGCAGCGUAUGCUGCAGCUGAGGUGUUCCAGGUGUAUAGACAUCUGGACGUUCGUGAGCAUAAGGGCAAGACUCCUCUCCUGGUGGCCGCUGCUGCCAACCAGCCCUUGAUUGUGGAAGAUCUGCUGAACUUGGGAGCAGAGCCCAAUGCCACUGACUAUCAGGGACGUUCUGUCUUGCACGUGGCUGCUACCUACGGCCUCCCGGGAGUCCUCUCGGUAUGUCCAGCUGGCAGGUGGGGUGUCUGGGGUGGACUGGGUGCCCAGAUCUUGGCUUCCAGGGCUAGGAGGCCUUGGGAGACACUUACCCAGCACUCUGCCUUCUCUUCCUCCCAGGCUGUGUUUAACUCAGGGGUUCAGGUUGACCUGGAAGCCAGAGACUUCGAGGGCCUCACCCCCCUCCACACAGCCAUCCUGGCCCUUAACAUUGCUAUGCGUCCUCCUGACCUCUGUCCCCGGGUGCUAAGUACACAAGCCCGAGACAGGCUGACUUGUGUCCAAAUGUUGCUGCACAUGGGUGCGGAUCACACCAGCCAG